ACAAAACAAGCCAAACGCAAAUCACACAAAUAUUCAUUGGAUUAAUUUUAACUAUGAGACCUUCAGCAUUAUAGAAGCGGUCUCUGGACAGGAUUAUGGACUGUUGUGGAUGAUUACAUCGAGCACGACUCAAUCGUGAGUGCGAAGUUGUGGUUGUCGAAGUUAGGCUGUGGGUGUGGAAGUGGGUCGCCAGGAGCUGAGCUGCUACAGUAUCAUCCAGGCGUCGCCACCUACUGGCCAUGUGGCCGGCCUGCCGCCUCUGCAGUCGGAGAGUGAUGCCGGCUGUCCGGCAUCUGUCUGCACUCUCACAGUAUCACACCAUUGUUGGAGAACGUCUCACAUGGCACAGUGCCUUGGCCUUCGGCCGGCCCCAGCUGUGCCCUCCUCCGGCCAGCCUGCUAAACCUGUCUGCUCGGACCAUGUUUAUCCAGACUCAGGAUACGCCAAAUCCGAACAGUCUGAAGUUCCUGCCGGGAAAAACGGUGCUGGAGUAUGGCACGUUGGACUUCCCGACGGUGGCCACUGCUCAGCACUCGCCGCUGGCCAAGCUGUUGUUCCGCAUCCCCGGCGUGAAGUCGGUGUUCCUGGCGCCCACCUUCAUCACCGUCACCAAGGUGGAUGACGAGGUAGAGUGGAAAGUGAUCAAGCCGGAGAUUUUCGCCACCAUCAUGGACUUUUUUACCUCUGGUCUGCCAGUGGUGCACCAGGCAGCAUAUGCCGCUGAAGCUGGAGAAGGAGAGGAGACCGACUCGGAAGAUGACGAGGUGGUGGCGAUGAUUAAGGAGCUGCUGGACACCCGGAUCCGGCCCACUGUGCAGGAGGACGGCGGCGACAUCGUCUUCAUGGGCUUCGACGAUGGUGUGGUUAAGCUGAAGAUGCAGGGCUCCUGCACUAGCUGCCCCAGCUCGGUCGUAACACUGAAGAACGGCGUGCAGAACAUGCUGCAGUUCUACGUCCCCGAGGUGGUCUCCGUGGAGCAGGUCACCGAUGAAGCGGACGAGAUAGCCGAGUCCGAGUUCAAGAAGUUCGAGCAGAAGCUGAACGAGGGCAAGCCGGCGUCGGACGCCAAGUAGUCGCUCUGUGUGUGCGUGUGCGUGUGUGCGUGACUAGGUAGAUCGACGCGGUCGAGUGGCGGUAUCUGCGCAUGUUGUCCAGGUGAAGCGUGCUCUGUGCGAUUGUAUGCAGGGCGAUGCCAGUCAUUUGGUGUGGCCAGUGUGUUGAGACGAUCGUAGGAAUGAGCCAGGUUGCAGACGAACCUCACCUUCGGCCAGUGACAUGGGAGCCUCUCAGGAGGGUGGGGGACGGGAAAGCGCUUUUCAGAGCCAUCCUAGUCUGGCAGCGUUAUAUAGGACUAGAGCGUUAUUUCUUAUCAAACUUGCGAGGGUCAGCUGGCUCGUUACCCCAUCCCAUGGUCCUGGGGCGCUGCGUCUUCUGCUGAGCCGCGACGCAACGUCCCUCCGGUCGUGUGUCGAAGUGCCGUACUCUGAGAGCGCACGUGUGCGCCGCCGUUGUGACUGUUCUGAGGGUUGUGCGCUGGCGCACAGCGCUGUCCGUGUCGUUGGCCCGGUGCCGACUCUGGAAUAACAGGGUCAGACCGGUAGGUGCCGUUGCGGACUGCGGGCUUGUGGGUGCGGAUGUUACGCUGCUGGUUCGUUGAUGUGUGCCCUCGCUCUGUGCGUGCGCUGCUGGUUCAUUGAUGUGUGCCCCGCUCUGUGCGGAAGCAAAGGUGAUGCUACAGGUAGCUGUCAAUACAGACUGCCUGCGGUC